AUGAAAACGGAAACAAUUCAGGAAGAGCCAGAGUUGAUCGGCGACGCCGAAUAUCACACUCUCGAACAGACCCUGCUGGAAUCCGAUCGCGGGCGUCGGUUUCUGAAGGAAUAUCUGAACCGACACAAGACUCCGGAAACAACGGAGAUCCUUGGUGCGAUUCACCGGCUUGAGAAAGUUGUGACCCGGGAACGCACGGUACCCGAUCUCGACAAGAUCCGUCUGGAUAUCGCCGAGAUGCACGAGGCCAUCGAACGGACAAAGGCCGAGAUUGCCAACAUCAAGGACGAUGGUGACGAAAGCAACCGUUUCGUCGAUGCAUCUCACGAACUCGACGCGAUCGUCACGCAGACCGAAGGCGCGACCCAGUCGAUCCUGGAAGCUGCAGAGCAGAUCCAGGAACAGGCCUGGGUGCUGCGGGAAAACGGGGCCGACGGUGCCGCAUGUGAUGAAAUCGAUGCGAAAGCCACCGAAAUUUUCAUGGCCUGUUCCUUCCAGGACCUGACCGGCCAGCGCACGAACAAGGUUGUUCAGGUGCUGCGCUACCUGGAAAGCCGCAUCAAUUUGAUGAUCGGCAUCUGGGGUAUCGAGGAGAUGGAGGCCGAAGACACUGCAGGUCCGGUCGAUACGCGCCCGGAUGCCCAUCUUCUGAACGGUCCUCAAAGUUCCGGUCGUGGUGUGUGCCAGAACAGUGUCGAUGAACUGAUGUCCGUCAGCGACGACGUGUUCGACGCUGCCUUGGAAGAAACCGGUAUGGACGUCACGUCCGAAACAUCCGCUACGUCCGAGAACGAUGAUGCGGCCACGGAAACCGAUGUCGACGCGAUCAUGGCCGGAGGCCAUGAGCCGAUGGACGCUGCCGCCAUCGACGACAUGUUUGCGUCAGCCCCUGCGGAUACGGUCGACGAAGAGCCUGUUGAAGAAGACCCGAUAGACGAAGACCCCGCAGACGAAGAUCCGGUUGACGAAGUUGACGAAUUUGCAAAUGCGGACCCGGAUGCCAUGCUGGACGAAGCCGCUAUCGAAAAACUCUUCGACAGUGAAGUCGACGUGACCGAAGACGAAGCUGUGGCGGACGACGAAGCUGUGGUGGACGACGAAGCUGAGGCGGAGGCCGACGUAACCUGGGAGCUGACCGAGGAAGCGGCGGAAGACGAAGCCGCGGCGGAAGGCGAUGCCGCCACCGAUCCUCUGCAGCAACUCUCCGAAGCCGAACGUCAGGCCCUCUUCAACUGA